AAAGCGAGGGAACAGUGCGCGCUGCGCUCCGCCCAGCUCCGUUCCGCUCCGCAGAGCCGGCGCGACCAGGGCGCAGGGCGGGCGGCACUCGGCCCCAGCUCCCGCAGCUCCACGCGCUCCCUUUGCCGCGGGACGCGAGUCCCCGGGCCGCUCUCCAGAGGGCGGAGCGCGCCGCGGGCUGGGGCUGGGCCGGGACCGGCGGCGAGGGAGAGAGCGAGGAGCGAGCAGAGUCGCGUGCGCGGGUGCGCGGCUCCGGGCACCCUCCCAGCCCCGGCCAGUGUCUGUUGCCACCAGACUCCAGCUGUCCGUGGGGGGCGGGGGGGCUUUGUGCCCGCCACCCGUCGGGGACUGCAGCUCCUCCGCGGGAGAGCAGAGGCCGAGUCCGCGCAACGGUCCACGCGGGACAGGUCCCGGAUGAGAAGGAGCUGACGACAGCCGAGUCCCACCUUCUCUGUGUGCUGGGAGCAGGGCCGUGAGGCCCCAGUGGCACCAAUGCCAAAGAACAGCAAGGUGACCCAGCGUGAGCACAGUGGCGAGCAUGUCACGGAGUCGGUGGCCGAUCUGCUGGCCCUUGAGGAGCCUGUGGACUACAAGCAGAGUGUCCUGAACGUGGCCGGUGGGGCGGGUGGUAAGCAGGAGGCGGCGGAGGAGGAGCUGGAUGCAGAAGACCGGCCGGCCUGGAACAGCAAGCUGCAGUACAUCCUGGCCCAGAUCGGCUUCUCCGUGGGCCUCGGCAACAUCUGGCGGUUCCCCUACCUGUGCCAGAAAAACGGGGGCGGUGCCUACCUGGUGCCCUACCUGGUGCUGCUGAUCAUCAUUGGGAUCCCACUUUUCUUCCUGGAGCUGGCUGUGGGCCAGAGGAUCCGCCGCGGCAGCAUCGGCGUGUGGCACUACGUGUGUCCCCGUCUGGGGGGCAUCGGCUUCUCCAGCUGUAUAGUCUGCCUCUUUGUCGGGCUGUAUUAUAAUGUGAUCAUCGGGUGGAGCAUCUUCUACUUCUUCAAGUCCUUCCAGUACCCACUGCCCUGGAGUGAAUGUCCUAUCAGAAGGAAUAGGACAGUGGCAGUGGUGGAGGCAGAGUGUGAAAAGAGCUCAGCCACUACCUACUUCUGGUACCGAGAGGCCUUGGACAUCUCCAACUCCAUCUCAGAGAGCGGGGGCCUCAAUUGGAAGAUGACCCUGUGCCUCCUUGUGGCCUGGACCAUUGUGGGCAUGGCCGUCGUCAAGGGCAUCCAGUCCUCGGGGAAGGUGAUGUAUUUCAGCUCCCUCUUCCCCUAUGUGGUGCUGGCCUGCUUCCUGGUCCGGGGGCUGCUGCUUCGAGGGGCUGUUGAUGGUAUCCUGCACAUGUUCACUCCCAAGCUGGACAAGAUGCUGGACCCGCAGGUGUGGCGGGAGGCAGCCACGCAGGUCUUCUUCGCCCUGGGGCUGGGCUUUGGGGGUGUCAUCGCCUUCUCCAGCUACAACAAGCAGGACAACAACUGCCACUUUGAUGCCGCCCUGGUGUCCUUCAUCAACUUCUUCACCUCGGUGCUGGCUACCCUCGUGGUGUUUGCUGUGCUGGGCUUCAAGGCCAACAUCAUGAAUGAGAAGUGUGUGGUCGAAAAUGCCGAAAAAAUCCUGGGGUACCUCCACACCAACGUCCUGAGCCAGGACCUCAUCCCUCCCCAUGUCAACUUCUCCCACCUGACCACCAAGGACUACACGGAGAUGUACAAGGUCAUCAUGACCGUGAAGGAGGACCGUUUCUCAGCCCUGGGUCUCGAUCCCUGCCUGCUGGAGGAUGAGCUGGACAAGUCCGUGCAAGGCACAGGCCUGGCCUUCAUCGCCUUCACUGAGGCCAUGACACACUUCCCCGCCUCCCCGUUCUGGUCCGUCAUGUUCUUCCUGAUGCUCAUCAACCUGGGCCUGGGCAGUAUGAUCGGGACCAUGGCAGGCAUCACCACGCCCAUCAUCGACACCUUCAAGGUGCCCAAGGAGAUAUUCACAGUGGGCUGCUGUGUCUUUGCAUUCUUCGUGGGGCUGUUGUUCGUCCAGCGCUCCGGAAACUACUUUGUCACCAUGUUUGAUGACUACUCGGCCACCCUGCCGCUCACUGUCAUCGUCAUCCUUGAGAACAUCGCUGUGGCCUGGAUCUAUGGAACCAAGAAGUUCAUGCAGGAGCUGACGGAGAUGCUGGGCUUCCGGCCCUACCGCUUCUAUUUCUACAUGUGGAAGUUCGUCUCUCCACUGUUCAUGGCGGUGCUCACCACGGCCAGCGUCAUCCAGCUGGGGGUCACGCCCCCGGGCUACAGCGCCUGGAUCAAAGAGGAGGCUGCCGAGCGCUACCUGUAUUUCCCUAACUGGGCCAUGGCACUCCUGAUCACCCUCAUCGUCGUGGCAACCCUGCCUAUCCCGGUGGUGUUCGUCCUGCGGCACUUCCACCUGCUCUCGGACGGCUCCAACACCCUCUCUGUGUCCUACAAGAAGGGCCGCAUGAUGAAGGACAUCUCCAACCUGGAAGAGAAUGAUGAGACCCGCUUCAUCCUCAGCAAGGUGCCCAGCGAGGCGCCCUCCCCCAUGCCCACUCACCGCUCCUACCUGGGGCCUGGCAGCACCUCGCCCCUGGAGCCCAGCGGCAACCCCAACGGACGCUAUGGGAGCGGCUACCUCCUGGCCAGCACCCCUGAAUCAGAACUGUGACCACUGCCCCCAGCCUGCCCGCCUCUCCCCACCACACCCAGCCACCCCGCUGCCCCGGCCUGGCCUCUCCUCCCAGGCCAGGCCCUCUGCCCAAGGACAGCAGCGUCUGUCCUGCCUCCUCUCCCACCCCAGUCCCAGACAACUUCUGCUCCCUAGACCUGAGUGGGGGCUCCAGACAGGCCCCCAAGCCAUCUAACCCUCUGAGAUCCUCUCACCAAAUUGCAGCUGAGUAACUGGAACAAUCCAGAAAUUCUGAUUCCCAGCCCACGGGAGACUCCCAGUGGCCACUUUAGGGGUCACCUUCCCUCUCUCCGUGUCACCUGCCACCUACAGUGCGGCCAGGUGGUGAUUAUGGUGAGAUGCACUGGGGUGGGGGUGGGGCAGGGCGGGGUGUCCCAGAGGCUGCCUGAUUUAAGGCUGAAGAUGGGACACAUGUCCUAGGGUUAGACUUGGGGUAGAGGGCUCAGACUUGGGGUAGAGUUCUGUUGUGUGAGGCGGAUGGUGCCCUGGCAGCAGGGGGUGAGGGGGCUCCUCUGCCUCCAGCUCUAUGUGGGAUCCCCAAUGUCCUUGGCCCUGCCUGGGUGGGUGGGGUGUGCUCCCGCAUCCUGCUUGUGGGGCGGUGACUAGGCCCAAACCCUUCUCACCUCCAUUAGGGCUUAGCGGGCUCCCUGUCCUCUCCCCUCCCACCCCCAUCCUGGAGCCCAGAGUGGUGGCCUCUGCCUUUUCCUUGAGAAGUUUCCAGAGCACACACAAUGGUCCACAGCACAAUUCAGAUGGUUUGGAGCACAAAUGCUAAGCACCCCCUCUCUGCUCACGUGGGGCUCAGCAUUCUCACUCGUGGCAGCUUCUCUCCUGAAAUGGGUCCCUGGAGUUCAGGGGCUCACACACAGGAAUUUCACACUGGGGAAAGCAUAUGAUUUCGUUGCCCCUUUGGGCUGCCACCCCCCGCAACCCUGUUGUGUGAGCACAGCUCCCCAGUGUGCACGCCGUGCAGACACCUCAGAAACCUUCCCCUGGCCCGUGCUAGGGAGGGCCAUGGGCAGUGCUGUGGACACUGCAGGUUGCCAACGGGAGAGGCCAGACCUCCAUCCCGGGGCCCAGCCCCACGCAUCCCCGCCUACACUUUCCUUCUGGCCUAUCCUGGAAGAUGGCCGCCAUCAGGGUGCAGGCUGGGAGGAUUGGAAGAACAGAUGUCUGAGGAGUGGUGGAUGCACCAGUGGAAGGAUGGAAGGAUGGAAGGAUGGAUGGAAGGAUGGAUGAAAGGAUGGAUGGGAAGAGGAAGGAAGGAUAGAAGGAAUGAAGGAAGGAAAGAGGGAGGACUGGCUGGGACAGCGAGCUUCCGUCUCUGAGAGCUGUGGUGGGCAGAGUGAGAACGGGCCACAGAGCUAGGCCUGAGCAUCUUCCCAGAGGGUCCUGAGUCACGCUCGUGACUGACCGCCCUCAGCACAGGAACACCCAGGGUUCCCUCCCUCCUUGCCUGGGGAUCCACCCGCCUACCCUGCCAUCUCCCUUACUCGCCCCUCCUUCACACCCCCCAUUUCUAGCCCUCUCAGCCCUCCCUGCCCUUUCUGAGUGUGUGAAGGGAAGGGAGACCCACACCUCCUCAGAGACAUGAGCUUUUGGAACACGACACCCCGCCCUAGGCCCCCUCACCUGACAACACCUCCUACCUGGCCCGAUGCCUAGUCCCAGCUGAUUUAGCAACAGGAAAAGCAAGGCCCCAGGAGAGACACUCUACUAUAUAUACUCUUCUAUAUAUUCUAUUUCUAUUGUAUAUUCAAUCUGUACAUGUGGGUGUAAAUGCUGUUAAAUGACAAACCCAAUAUUAUACUGUGGCUGGUGGACUAUUUUCAUCCUCAGUGCUGUACAGAUCUAUUUUCAUUGUAUAUUUGAUAUAUUUUUAAUUUUGUAGCUUGUGGCUGGGCCAGGCCCCAGCCCUCCAGCCUGUGACAGGGGGCCGAGCUGUGCCGUCCACUUGGUCCCUGUGGGCUGGGGAGUGCUCCUAGCCUUUUGCUGUAAGCCAGGCCGUGUCUUGACUGUCUCUGCUGUUAGUCGUAGGGCCCAGAGCUUGGCGUGUGCGUGCGUGCGUGCGUGUGUGUGUGUGUGUGGCGUGGGCACAUACGUGGGUGUGGGUGUGUGUAGGGUUCUUAUCUGUGAUUCCCAGUGUUUGCCACGUUACUGAAGACCACGCUGCCCUCCCUGCCGCUCCUGCUCUGUCGGGCCAGGCCUCAGGGCAGUGUCCUUCAGGAAGCCCCCUUGUUGUGGGGGACGGGCAGGCUUUUCUCGCUGGCGACUCACUGAUUUCACACCACUGGGCUUGCCAGAGACAGGGAAGGGCAGGCCUUGGAGGGGAAAAGUCCCCAAAUUUAUUUUCCAACUUCUUGCUGUGCCCACUGGGAGUCACAAGCUCUUCAUCCUGAGGACAUUGUUGGGUUUCUUAAGAUGGUGAGACCCCAGGAGAGCAUCUCACGGUGCCUCUGUCCUGCGUUUGUCCUCGAGACAGUCCUGGCAGCGUUCAGAAGGGAACAGCUCCCCUCCCCUGUGUCUCCGACAUACCCCUCUGCUCGCUCCUUCAAGCCAGGGAGCUGGGAGUGAGGUGAGGCUGGGGGAGGUCAAGAGCAGGUGGGGCAUCUUUCAAGGCAAAAUCCAGCCCCAGAUUCCCUGGAUCCCUGGAGGAGCAGGAGGCAGCCCCAUGUCCCUGCUCAAGGUCCUCGCUCACACUGGCUUUGGUGCUGUCCACGCAGUGCCCACAGGACUCCAGGGCAGGGCACGGGCGUGCCCGAAAGAGGCCCCUGGUCCCUGCCUUCCAGCCCAAUCACCAGCUUCUUGCUCAGGGAGCCAUCUCCGCUGAGGCAGCAUGAAGCCUGAGACCCAGAUGGAGGUGGACAGGUGGGCCGCACAAGUUGAUGCCAGCGAGACUGGCUUUGCCCUCCAGCAAUAAAUCUGUGGGGCCUGUUCCUUUCCUAGUGCCAGGAGAGGCCCUCCCAAGUCAGCUUGCCUUGGCUGCGAGGCUGGGGGCCGGAAGCUCCUUUGUUCCAGGCCCUGAGCAGGCCUGCAGUAUUACAGGCAGGGGCUGCCCUUCUGCCCGCCCUCACAGCUGCACCCCCAACGGCCCCCAGAGUAUGUCCCAUGGCAGAGGAGAAAAGAAACUGAACAGAUUAGGAUGCACCUGACUCCCUGAGUGUCCACUAGGCCCUGAAACUGGGGCCUGCUGCCUCUUCACUGGGGCACUGCUUUGUAUAGACCCAAGCACACACAGCAAGCCUCACUUUAGGUUCUGGCACAAGUUCAGAACAACUCAAGUCUGAGUGCCCCAUGGCUGGCCAGAGCCCUGGGUCGGUCAAGACCACUCAGCCCAGGGGAGGAGACGAGGCCCUGUCACCCUGGAGCCCCUCCUUUCUCCUUCCCUCGUGGUGUACAAUAAAGUGUCUGUUCUUGCCA